UGCGCUCUUCUGUUUAUGGAUAUAAAUUUUUUGUUCUCUUCAUCUGGAAACAGGGAAUAACAGCUUGUGAUGCUUAAAUCCCAAUCUCCUACUUCCAAGUUCAUAUGUAUUAUUUUCACAAAUUUGCUUUGCCACUGAAGUAAAAUUAUCAACUAUUUCUGUGCACUUUUUAGAUCUUGAUUUUCGUGUUUUGAACUAAAUAAUUGGAAAUGGAAAAUUCUGAUUGCACCGAAGACCGGAAAAAACCACAAUUUGGUACUCGAUAUUUGAAUGAACCUGAUAAAGUAUUCCAACACAAUGCAUGGGAUGAUGUUGAAUGGGAUGAAGAAUUGAAACAAAAUGCUGAAGAAAAAAUAAAAUACAACUCUCAGGCAUUGGUAUCUGAAGAAGAGCAGGAAAAGUAUGAAAAUGAAGCUAAUCAGUUUUGGGAUAAAUUUUACAAUAUUCAUGAAAAUCGUUUUUUCAAAGACCGCCAUUGGCUGUUUACUGAAUUUCCUGAUUUAUGUAUUAAUUCAGAGCCAAAUGAAGAUGAAAAUACCUCUGAAAAUAUUUCUAAUAAAGCAUCUGCCAUUCAAGAAAAAGAAAGAAUUAAUAUAUUUGAGGUUGGCUGUGGUGUUGGAAACACAGUUUUUCCAAUACUUGAAACAAACAUGUCUUCAAAUGUGUUUGUAUAUUGUUGUGAUUUCUCUGAAGUUGCUGUAUCUUUAGUGAAGAGUAACUCACUCUACAAUUCGGACCGAUGCUGUGCUUUUGUUUGCGAUAUAUCAUCCGAUGUCUGGGAAGUUCCCUUUGAAGAAAACUCUCUUGAUUUCAUUUUAUUAAUUUUCGUUUUAUCUGCAAUUCAUCCUGAAAAAAUGCAAUAUGCUGUGAAUAGGCUAGCAAAAUAUUUAAAACCAGGAGGGGAAAUCUUGUUUCGAGAUUAUGGGAAGUAUGACAUGGUUGAACUCCGAUUCAAGCCUGGGCGUUGUUUGAGUCAACACUUUUAUGUUAGAGGUGAUGGCACACGAGUAUAUUUCUUUUCAGAAGAUGAAGUGCACAACUUAUUUACAACUGCUGGGUUAGUAAAGACUCAACUUUAUAGCAGCAAAAGAUUACAAGUAAACAGAGGAAAACAAUUGAAAAUGUAUAGGAUAUGGAUUCAAGCUAAAUAUAUGAAGCCUUUAGAUAGCAGUUGAUGUUGAAUUUUUUAAAUUUAUUUUAUAUAAACUGUGUCAAAUAAAAAUAUUACUAAUA